AUGGUGCUGCACGUGCUUAUCGAUGGCUGUAGGCAGCUGGAAGUGGACGAUCUCUCGGCGCUCUUCCUGGACACCUUCCUCGCCGCACUCUCGCCACAGCAGCCACUACAGCACUUUUACUAUGAGGAUGAGGACGGCGAUUUGGUGAUCGUUCGUACCGACGAUGAAUUCGCAGCGAUGUUGUCUUCGUCAAGAGCAGGCCCGCUGCGCAUCCAUCUUCGUUUAGUGUUGCACGUUGAAUUGGAUCGAGUUGUGGCUUUGAAGUGUAUGGCAACGGAUGGGAGCAAGGAACAGCUUGCUGACAUCCAGCGAGAGGCGCAGCUGCUCAGAAAAGUAGCCUUUCUUCUCAGUAAUUUUGAUUGCUUUUUAUGCGUUUUGUGCUGUGUACAGCAGUACAAAACGCAUAUUGUUACGGGGUUGUCUGUGUGUGUGUUUGUGUGUGUGUGUGUGUGUCCGCAGUAA